AUGGAAAACAUAACCACUUACUUGGAUCACUUUAUUGAAUUGCUGUGCAACAGAGCCACUGCACCAAACAAAUCCAGUGCCACUGUAACUUUCAACUCGCUGAACGACCAAGCAAUAUUCUUGCUGACAAGCUACAGCUUAAUCCUGGUGCUGUCAGUUCUCGGUAAUUUACUGGUGCUGGUAACGCUGCUGCUGCACAGAAGGAUGAGAACUCCUACCAAUAUUUUGCUGCUGAACUUGAGCAUUUCUGAUCUUUUGCUGAUCGUCGUGUGUGCUCCGUUUACUCUGACGGGAUCACUACUUCGGGACUUCAUUUUUGGACGCUUCGCUUGCCACGUCAUCCCAUAUUUACAAGCGGUGUCGGUGAGCGUGAGCGCGUGGACGUUGGUCGCGAUAUCCCACGAGCGCUACUCGGGCAUCUGUAGGCCUCUGCGCUCCCGUGGCUGGCGCACGGCGAGCCAUGCCAGGAAGAGGAUAGCCGUGGUGUGGAUCUCCUCACUCGUCUUCAUGGCUCCCAUAGCCAUCACAUCCACACUCAUGCCCGUCGGCAACACAGGUCGCCACAAAUGCAGGGAACAAUGGCCGAGUAACUUUCUCGAAAAAUUGUAUUGGAUUUCCCUGAUGAUUUUUUUGCUGCUACUUCCCCUCUUAUUGAUGUUACUCGCCUACUUAGCCAUUCGUGAUGUCCUGAACGAGUCCAUAGCAAACGAUAGAAAAAACAGUGCCCGGUACACGAAAAGUUGCAAUUGUACGACAAGUUCUUCUCGAAAAAUUAUGAGCCGAAGUUCCCGUUUUACUUCAUCCCUCAGAAAUGACAGUACGACGCUGGUAAUGGAGACCUCAUUGAGCCAAAUUGACGAGAGAGAUCACAAUUCUCCCGACGGUUGCCCGUCAAGCGCAAAUAUUGAUUCUAGUGUCAAAUGGAACAAGAUUUCUUCUCACGUGGAUCUCAGGACUGUUGAAGAAGAGUCGAGGGCAUUGCAAACAAAAGAUUGUUGUUACAGGCAAAGUCCAUCUACAACAAAUACAAACAAAGAAUUUCGUGUGUUACAAGAGGAAGGGUAUCGAACAUCAAUAAAACAUCGAACUCUCGGGCCUGAACAUAACAACAUCCGAGCUGUGAGCUCGAAUUGCAGGAGCGAAUGUGUCUCAGCUUACAGCAGCGGCAAAGAAACAGGUCCCCUGGUUGAAGGCUCUCACGGGAAAGAAACUGAUGCUUUAAUUGGCUGUGAAGAAAGAAAAUGUGCGGGGAACGAUGAACGAAGAAGCGGCCAGACGAAAAAACUUUUGACUUCAAAACAACAUUCCGAAGAAUUCCAGGCGAAUUCCAGUCGCACAAUCUUGGUUCCAGGAAUUGGAAUCGAUGAAUUCGAUUUCGAAUCUUCCCGAAGUAGCACAGAUGCAAGUGGGGCCGAUGGCACCGGAAAGCCUAAGUUCUCAAGUAUCGUAAUUCACAAGAAUCGUGGACCUGGAAAGUUCAAACUUAACAAGUCUAAAGCACCAUCAGUGGAAAUAUGCUUGAGUGAAACAGUAAAUGAUGCCGUUACAUUCAGUCAAAGAUUCAAUCCAACAUCUAAAAGGAACAAAAAUGUUAGGAUCACCCAAAAACGUACGAGAGAAAACCAAAUCAUUAAUCAUGAGACUUCAUUACGGAGUACGAGUUCCCACAAAGCUCUCAGGGACAAACAGAGGAUGAUUAAAAUGAUAGGAGUUGUGGUUCUCGAAUUUUUCAUCUGCUGGACUCCUCUGUACGUACUCAAUACGGUGUCUUUGUAUAACGGGAGCCUCGUGUACAGAAUCCUGGGUAUGAAAGGAGUUGCAGGGGUGCAUCUGCUAGCGUAUUGCUCCGCGUGUUGUAACCCCAUCACCUAUUGCUUCAUGAGCCGGAGUUUCCGCUCUGCUUUUUACAGCGUAGUGCAGUGCAGGAAAUUAGGAGUGCGGAAGUCCCUGGAUGUGAUGUCGUGAGUGUAACAUGUGCAUUUUUUCUCCCAAAAUGGGAGGGAGGAUCACUACAUGUCCAAUUACAAAAAAUAUAUU